UAUUAUACUUUAUCUUAAUUGAAUGUCUUUAAAUCUUGGCUGCAUCUUUCCAUAACUGUGUGUAGUUCGCCAUAGCGACAAAGCCAAUACCGCUGUGACAUUGUUUAGUUCGGGCUUCAACGUACUUUCUUGGUAACUGUGGUAUAGUUUUGGGUUUAAGUUGAUAUAAAUCUCAAAAGGAGUUCUACGGUCGUAGGAAAGACGAGGAAAAAAUAUAACAUGGCUUAUAUAAGGGCUGUUAUCUCGACAAGAGAAUACAGAUUGCGGUGAGACCAAAGAAAUUUCAUUUCAGAGGCAGGUUAAAAUCACCAUGUAAAGGCAACGAUUACUGGUCUUAAAAGCAAAACAAAAUGGAUCGAAAGAAACUGAAAGUUACCAAACAAAAGAGUGAUAGCUCCAUCGCACUCCAAAAAGGUCCAAAGUCAGGCAACCAGUUUCUACAGCUUGAUGUCACCACUCUAAAUUCAAAGUCUUUGUCUUCGCUCAUCAAGGAAAGUAAGCCAGAAUCAAAAAAUGUCGAAACGCAAACUGAAUUUGAAGAUAUUGUGGCUUUACAUUUAGAGGCACUGAAAGACGAAUUUGAGCGGGAAAGGGCCGAGUUGGAAGCCGAAUUAACCAAAGAGAAGAGAAAUCUAGAGGGAAAGCUGAGAGAUUACUAUGCAAAAAUUUUAGAAAGCAAAGAUAUUUUGAUAAAUGAUCUGACAAACGAAAAGGACUUCUUAUGGGAAGAAAUGAGAGAUCUAAGAGAAUCUUGUCAAGUGGUUAAUGGGAAUGUCGAGCCAGCUGAAUCAAGUACUGAUGAUCUCGAAUGGGAUCAUGGGAGUGACAGUGAAAUCAGCAGAAGAUUAGAAAAAAAACGCGGCUCAGAGCGAAGUAAAAUAACUAACUUAUCUUUAAGUACUCAGGUUAAAGAGACUCUUCUUUGGUCAGUUAUGAAACUGCAUAAACAGAAUUUAAUAGAGAAAUACCAAAAGGAGAAGCAGGCGCUUCUGGAUAAAAUAGAAAUUGAAAAAGAUUUGAUUCGAGAAGAAAUAUCAUCAGAACUGGAAUCAAACUACCAAGAAGAAAUAAAGAAUCUACGAGAAACAGUUACUGGACUACAAGAGGUACUGAGUGAUAUGAAAAGCCAGAAAAGUGAACUUGCAAAGAUAUUUGAAGGAGAAAAGAACGCUUUGAAAUUGGAGAUUUCGAGAAAAGAAGAGGAACUGAAGCAAAAGAUGGCCAAGAAUAUGCAGCGAAAAGUUAUCCAAGCUCAUCAGGAUUGGUCAGUUACUAAACUGUGAGCUUACUGCGCUGCUAUUUUCAUAAACAUGCGAACUCUGUGUCUCCGAGUUGCGCUCUGAAAUUUGGU